AUGGCGAAAUCUUCGUCAGCUGAUUAUGUAUUUAAAAUUGUUUUAACAGGUGAUUCCGGUGUUGGAAAAUCAAAUUUAAUAUCACGUUUUACUCGCAAUGAAUUUUCACUUGAAAGUCUUUCAACAAUUGGUGUCGAAUUUUCAACAAAAGAAGUUCAAGUCGAUGGUAAAACAGUAAAAUUACAAAUAUGGGAUACUGCGGGUCAAGAACGUUUUAUGGCCAUUACAAAACCUUAUUAUCGUAAUUCCUUAGGUGCUCUAUUAAUUUUUGAUAUUCUUAAAGCAUCAACAUUUCAAAAUCUUGAUAAAUGGUAUAGCGAAGUACGAACAAAUGUUGGUGUCGAAUGUUCUAUUAUUUUAGUUGGUAAUAAAGUCGAUCAACAAUAUAUGCGUGCAGUUUCUCAUGAAGAUGCUAAACGUUAUGCUGAGGAAAGAAAUAUUCCGUAUAUUGAAACAUCGGCAUUAGAUGCAACAAAUGUCGAACAAGCUUUCCUUAGUCUUAUUACGGAAAUUUAUCGUAACUGGACAACUCGGACUAAACCAAUCAAAGAUCAGCCACAAUCUGACAGUCAAACAAUAAAGCCAUUUGAAAAACCAUCAUCUGAAUUGCGAAAUGAUACAAAUAGUAAAUUCUGUUGUAGUCGUUCUUCAUGUCGUUCAUGUUAUCGUAUUUGUUAG